UUGCCCAUCGGAAUCCGGGCACGGUGAAGCUUUCGAUGGGCAAUGCAAUGCAUGCAACCGAUUUCCAUGCGAUUAGUGACGGUACCUCGUAGAGUACGUUUCAAGUGGCCGGCCUAGUUCGAGUAGUGGUAUUAGCGCGGUCAAGAUAACAUAUCUCGAUAAGUGAAGCGUAUUACUAAAAAAGGGAAGGAGUGAUAAGCCCGGUAAAAAGGCGUGCGUGUGCAUACGGUAGUGCUGAACCAACUUGAGAGUGUGCGUGUAACAGCACUGAGCGGGAGCGAAUAAUCCUCGCCGAUCGUUUCAAGUACCAACUUAGCCGUUUGGAUUCGCUCGUCCGAGUGGCAAGCAAAAAAAACACACACAAACUGAUCAAACGGCGUUCGUACGAACGGGCAACAACAACAUAUUAGGUACAACGCAUGGAAAGUUCUCCGACAGUUGAUCGAGCAAAGUUGAGCCGAGAGGAGCGCAAAGCCAAGAGACUCCAUAAGUUUAGGUGCGAAUAAAUUCCGCGGUCAGUUCCUGGCGGUCGAAAUAACUAUCACUUACGGGCGUUGCCUUUUGCUACAGGUGCAUGGAGGUGAAGUGCGGCACAACCGGCGAAAUAAUAUGUGAUUUUAAUACCGAAUAGUGAUAGUUACUGUGCCGCCAUUGGUGUAACCAUUACACAAUAGCAAGUUGCCAGUGUGUCGAAAACAUUCGCAUUCCGACGAUCGGUGGUUAGGCAGCGCAGGGCGCAUUGCGAUCCAUUGUUCAAUUGUACCGUAUAGGGGUAGGCAACCACCUUACCGGAAAAUGAAGGUAUUUGCCUACCUUCUUUUUCUGUGCGGCUGGUCUGUGGGGACAUCCCUGUCUCUACCACAAACGGUAGUGAAGCGCGAUGACUUAACCGAAGAGCAGAUGGCAACCACCUUGGAGCAGUACGAUCAGGACGUUCGAUAUCAUUGCAAUAGCAAUGCUAUAGCAAAUUGGAAUGUGGCCACCGAUACGGAAAAUGUGUACUAUCAGGAAAUACAGAAUAACGUGUCACUGGCGUAUGCAAAGUUUCGAAAUGAAUACUACGAGCAGUAUUUUAAAAAUGCCAAUGUGGAGAACUAUCAGAACGAAAAGAUUCGGAAACAGUUGAGACUGUUGAAGGACCUUGGUACAGCCGCUCUUCCGGCCGAAAAAUUGGCCUCGUUAAAUGGUGUGCUGCGCAAAAUGGAUACGGCCUAUCAGCUUGCUGAGGUGUGUCCGUACACGAACCAGCAAUGUGGUCCCACCGAUCCGAAAUGGACACUGGACCCCGAGCUAGAGAAGGUUUUGGCCGAGUCAAGCGAUUACGAUGAGCUGGAGUACGUGUGGCGCCGUUGGCGCGAAGAGUCUGGCAAAAAGAUGCGUUCCGAUUACAAGGACUAUGUGCAACUGGUGAAUGAAGCAGCCCGACUGAACGGAUACGAGGAUUACGGUGACUUGUGGCGUUCGAAAUACGACGACGCGAAUCUUCGUGAAACACUCGAACGGCUCUGGAGCGAGGUGGAGCCACUUUAUGAUGAAUUGCAUAGCUACGUACGGUACCGGCUGUUGGGGUUGUAUGGCGAUCGAAUGGAUAAGGGAAACCCGAUGAUCCCAGCCCAUCUUCUGGGCAACAUGUGGGCUCAAUCGUGGGCCAAUAUGUACGAUCGGUUAAAACCGUUUCCGAAUGCAAGUUUGGUUGAUGUGACGGCAAAAAUGAAGGAACUGAGUUACAAUGCGACCAAGAUGUUUGAGAUGUCGGACGAAUUUUAUCAGAGUCUCGGUUUGCCUAGCAGCGCGAUGAGCUACGGACCAAAGGCGGUAAUAGAAAAACCACCGCAGAAGAUCGUUUGUCAUGCAUCGGCGUGGGAUUUUUGCGACGGGGAAGAUUUCCGUAUAAAAAUGUGCACGAACGUCAAUAUGGAGGACUUUGUGACCGUUCACCACGAGAUGGGACACAUCAUGUACUAUAUACUGUACAAGGAUCAACCGUAUCUGUUUCGUACUGGUGCCACGCCUGCCUUUCACGAAGCAGUGGGCGAUACCAUUGCCCUGUCCGUGGCCACACCGAAUCACCUGCGCAAGGUAGGCUUGCUGGAUGAGUACGAAGAUAGUGAAGCGGACAACGUAAAUGCACUGUUCGAGAUGGCGCUGGAGCGGGUGGCUUUUCUGCCGUUCGGAUUUUUGAUCGAUAUGUGGCGCUGGGAUGUAUUCAGCGGUGCUGUGAAUGAGACCGAAUGGAACGCACACUGGUGGAAAUUGCGCGAGAAGUACCAAAAGGUGUAUGCACCGGUUAUGCGGUCCGAAGAAGAUUUCGACCCUGGCGCAAAGUAUCACAUUCCGGCCAGCUCACAAUACAUUGCCUACUUUUUGGCGCACAUUCUAGAGUUUCAGUUCUACCGAGCCCUGUGUAUCGAAGCGGGCCAGUAUGACCCCGUGCAAAAAUCCGGCCAACCGCUUCAUAAAUGUGAUUUUUACAACAGCAAAGCGGCCGGCGAUAAGCUGCGAGAAGGGCUUUCUCUUGGGUAUAGUGAAGAUUGGCAGGAUGCGCUUGAGAAGCUUACUGGAGAGCAAGAGAUUAGUGGCAAAGCGUUGUUAGAAUACUUCGAGCCUCUGUAUCAGUUUCUCAAGGAGGAAAAUCGCAAAUUUAAGGUGGCCGAAAUGAAGGACAUUGUUGAGCGAUACAGUGAGCAAUACUCGUUGGCUUGCAAUAGGCAAGUAAAGGCACAGUUUGCUACACAGGUUGACGUAGGCAAUCCACAGCUUCAGCAGCAUCUGACGGAAGUUUUGGCCGAAAACACGAAAUUUGUUCUAGACAACUACAAUCGCUACUUUGCUGAUGUUAAUCCGCAGGAGUUUCCAGACCCUUUGGUUAGCCGACAGGUACAAUUUUUGUCUCAAAUAUCAAUCAACAAACUACCCGUGCAGGAUCUUGCUAAGCUGCAAAAUGCUCUGGGCAGAAUGCAAAACACUUACAGUAGUGCUACGAUCUGCCCGUACAGUGAUCAGCAGUGUACCGAUGGAAAAGUAUCGCUGGAUCCCGAAUUGUACGAAGUAAUGGCCAAGUCUGAGAACUACGAUGAGUUGGAAUAUGUGUGGCGGGAAUGGCGAAGCAGUACAGGUCGCAAAAUGAAGCGCGACUAUAUGGAUUAUGUGGAGCUAAUGAAUCGGGCUGCUCACCUUGGAGGAUAUGAAGAUAUGGGUGCACUAUGGAGAUCCUCAUUCGAGCAGGAAAACUUUGUCGAAGGCAUGAAGCGGCUUUGGGAUGAACUGAAGCCAUUUUACUCCGAGCUACAUAAGUACGUGCGCCGUAAAUUGAAAGCGAUUUACGGCGACCGAAUGAAAAAUGACAAUGACAACAUUCCGGCCCAUCUACUCGGUAACAUGUGGGGUCAGUCGUGGGUUAACCUGUACGAUCGCACCAAACCGUUCGCCGAUACGAUUGAUUUGGACAUAACAGAAGCGCUGAAAGCGAAGAACUACACCACUCGGCGGUUGUUUGAAAUUGCGAACGAGUUUUAUGUGGGACUCGGUCUGCCCGAUAACAGCAUGAGCUAUGACACUGAUCGCGGAGCAAUGAUAGAGAAGCCCACGGAUGGGCGUGUAGUGACGUGCCAUGCGUCCGCGUGGGACUUUUGCGAUCGGCAGGAUUUCCGUAUCAAAAUGUGCACGCGCAUGAAUAUGGAAGACUUUGUGACGAUUCACCAUGAGAUGGGUCACAUUAACUAUUACAUUCUGUACAAGGACCAACCCGUGACGUUGCGCAGUGGUGCCAAUCCGGGCUUCCAUGAGGCUGUCGGAGACACGAUCUCUCUAUCCGUGGCUACACCGAAGCACUUUGAAAAGAUCGGCUUGCUGCAGGGUUACAAAGAUACGUACGAGGAGAACAUUAACGCACUCUAUCAAAAGGCGCUGGAUCGUGUAGCAUUCCUUCCGUUUGGGCUGCUGAUCGAUAUGUGGCGUUGGGAGAUUUUCGCAGGCGAUCUGGAGUACUCACGGUGGAACGAACGAUGGUGGGAGCUUCGGGAAGAGUAUCAGAAGAUUUCACCUCCAAUCGUGCGCGACAGCGAUGAUUUCGAUCCGGGCGCGAAGUAUCACAUUCCUUACGACAGUCAGUACGUGUCGUAUUUCAUAGCGCACAUCCUAGAUCUACAGCUACAUAAGGCGCUCUGUACGGCGGCGGACCAGUAUGACCCGAAUGAUCCAUCCAAACCAUUGCAUAAAUGUGACAUUGAUGGAUCACGUGCUGCUGGUGAUUUACUCCGCGCGGGACUUUCGCUUGGCCGAUCGGUGCAUUGGUCGGAUGCAUUAAAAGCCAUGACGGGUGAAACGGAACUGCGGACGGAUGCGCUGCUUGAAUACUACAAACCAUUGUAUGAGUUUUUGAAGGAAGAAAAUGCCAAAGCAGGAAGCGCACGUUUGGCAUCUGUAUCGAUCAACCUCAUCCUGGCGGCAUGCGUGCUGUUUCUAGUGAAAUGGAAUUAGCAUGGUUAAUUUUUUGUUAAAACAUGAUAUAUGUUGCUCCUCACGUUGCUGAAGUUUAUUGUGGCAGUGUUGUUUUUUUUUUAAUUUUUCAUCUUACUAGUUACUAAUUAUGAAAGGGAAGUUCACCGGUAAAAUAUACUUUCUUAUCGCGGGUGCGAUAAGUCUCGGUGCCAACGUCCGCGAAAGGCGCGACGCAAAAAUACGUUGAAGUGAUCGUGUAUUGUGCUGGUCAGUGAACGCCAAUUGAUAGUUAACGAUGUUAAAUUACUGGAAACAGUAUGGUGGGGAGGAGUUUAUUUGCACUCGUGCGGAACAUUGUUGUUGUUACGCUUGCAGAAAGUUGGAAGAGACGCACGGUGAAAAAUUUGUACCAACGAAAGAAUAUCGCUUAAAUGGACUGAUAUGAAUGAAUGAAUAAAACGUGUAAAACUGAAAGUGUCUAAAGAAUGGAAA